AUGACUCCAUCUUGGCUGGAGGUGCAUGCGUCCUAUAUUGACAGCUCUCGUUCGCUAACUGCUGCACAGCUCACUUUCAACGCAGGCUCUGAGAAGAACCCUGCUCUACUUAUAGUUCCCAUGAUUCCUGCUGGUGUGCUUAAAGAUUCAACACCGCUGACUGUUGAGAUCACGGUCGCAAAUGACGUUAACAUUGGCCAGACGACAGACAGCGAUAUUCGAUAUGGCGUGUCAGAUGGUAUCAGAAUGAUCGGGUUUGAAACAUGUGACAAAGGGAAUUAUGGUACAAAUUCCCCAUGCUACAGAAUAGAAGGUGAUUCUGGUCGCACCUUAAAGUCUGCUCGUUACGACCGUUGAAGCCGAAACCUACCGACUCUUUCUACCCUGGCCAGUUUAUCAUCACCCUCAAGUUGGAUGAACGUUGGGGGUCAUGCUACAUUGCGCAUGACGGAGGCUUCGUGAGGACCGCUGGCUACAGCAACCGACUGAUGCCCAAUAAGGGACUCACUCUGGAGGUGUACAAAACUAACAAGGGGGAAAGGGUUGGAAUCAGGUUUAUCAAAGUCUCCAUCAUAGAAGAUGGUGCAUAG